GUAGGAAAGGUGAUCUGGAUAAAUAGCAUAAUCAUUGCUUUUCAAUUUUAUAACAUAAUGACAAGAUUUUCUAAAAUUUUAGAACGGAAAUGUUAUACUUAGCAUAAUUAGGUAUCAUUUCCAAUAUCAUUAGGUGAAUUUUUAUUCUAAAGAUUCGCAAUACAGACAUUUUCAAAUGAAUACAACGUCAUUCUGUUCUUGAUAUACCCGUAGCUGAAGGUUUUAAUGAAGUAGACCUUAAAGCAAAAUGGAUAUAUAAACAAGUAUUUUGCCGAUCUUCCAUAUUUUUGUUAAAGAAGCUCACUUAAAUGAAGAAGCCAAAGAAAGGCCUACAAACUAUUGGAGAAAUUAAAAAGGCUUUAGAUUUUAUGCACAAUCAACAUUUGAUGAAAGGAACUUUAAAAUGUUGAUUGCGCAUAAAAUCUAAAGCCUUUUUGAAGUGAAACUAACAAGGUUUAAACCAAUGAGAAGACGAUUGCUUAGUGAUGCCGCUUCCGAUUGCGAACGACCAAUCAGCAUCAUUCGUAAUUCCAGUGCUUUUAUCGUCAACCGCGUUUGUACUCGUGUAGCGAAUUGGAAGUAGGACACAGACACAUUUCGAUAAUAGGAUUCAAUGGGAAUGGACGAACGUUUGGAUCACAGUGCAUUAUUGACAAGAGUGUAUGUUCUCGUAUAUUUUUUUAAUAAAUCUUUUUAAAUAAAAAUAUAGAAACGAACUAUAUUCAUAAUCAGUGAAAUAUUCACUUUUCAUAACCACGUGAUCUAAGCACGUUAACAAAUCGACACAAUAGGAGCUUCUUCAAAAUUUACAGCUUCUUCGAAAAUUCUUUUCGAAUUUGUCUCAUAUUUGCAACUCAUUUUUGAGAUAUCCUUUCUUCAAAAAUGGCAGAUUUUUUAGAUUCUGAAGCGGAAGAAAGCGAGGAGGAGGAGGAACUUGAUCAAAAUGAGAAAAAGAAGCUCAAAAAAAUAAAAGCUGUCGAAGAAAGUGACGAAGAAGAUGAAGAUGACGAAGAAGAAGUCCAAGACUUGAUUGAUGACAAUCCAAUAGAUGAAGAAAGUGAUGCAGAGGACAGUGAUACUUCUGGUGGUACAAAAAAGAGAAAAAAGAGUGAUGAUGAAGAUUUUGAUGAUCGACUGGAGGAAGAAGAUUAUGAUUUGAUAGAAGAAAACUUGGGUGUCAAACUUGAAAGAAAACGUAGAUUUAAACGUCUAAGAAGAAUACAAGAUGAAGAAUCAGAAGAUGAACAGGAAAAGGAACCAGAAGAAGAGCGAGAUGCUAUUGCAACUGAGUUAUUUGAAGGCUCUGGUGAUGAAGAAGAACGACGAAGUGAACGUAGUCAUAGACCAGAAGUGGAAACUCUUGAUGAAGAAGGAAGUGAAGGUGAUGAUGAUAUGAAUGAUUUUAUUGUCGAUGAGGAUGGAAGAUCUCUUGCAGAAAAACGUAUGAAAAAGAAACCAAUAUUCUCAGAUGCUGCACUACAAGAAGCACAAGAUAUUUUUGGGGUAGAUUUUGAUUUUGAUGAGUUUGGUAAAUUUGGAGAAGAAGAUUAUGAAGAAGAAGAAGAAGAAGAAGAAGAAGAUGAAUAUUUGGAUGAUGAUGUUGAUGAAAGACCAAGAAGACCAAAGAAACAAUUUAAAAAGAAAAGCACAAGGAAAAGUAUUUUUGAAAUAUAUGAGCCAAGUGAGCUGAAGAGAGGUCAUUUCACAGACUUAGAUAAUGAGAUUCGUAAUACAGACAUUCCCGAACGAAUGCAACUUCGUUCUGUUCCCUUUACACCUGUAGCUGAAGGUUCUGAUGAAUUAGAUCUUGAAGCAGAAUGGAUAUAUAAACAAGCAUUUUGCAGACCUACUAUCUCUGUUCAAGAUGCUCACUUAAAUGAAGAAGCUAAAGAAAGAGCUAAGAAAGGUCCACAAACUAUUGGGAAAAUCAAAAAGGCUUUAGAUUUUAUGUGCAAUCAAAAUUUUGAAGUCCCUUUCAUCUCAUUUUAUAGAAAAGAAUACGUACUUCCAGAGCUAAAUAUCAAUGAUUUAUGGAAAGUAUAUAAAUUUGAUGCCAAAUGGUGUCAGUUACGUCAACGAAAAGAAAAUUUAUUGAAAUUAUUUAAAAAGAUGAGAAAUUAUCAGUUGGAUGAAAUUAUGAAAAAUCCUGAUGCUCCAUUACCUGAUAAUGUGAGAGUAAUAAAAGAUGAUGACAUUGAACGUCUUAAAAAUAUUCAAACAAGCGAAGAAUUAAAUGAUGUUUAUCAACAUUUUAUGCUUUAUUAUAGUCAUGAGAUACCAGCUAUGCAGGAAGUUGUACGCCAGAAAGAAAGAGAAGCCCGUCGUGAAGCUAGAAUCCAAAAGAGAAAACAACAAAUCGCUGAAGCAGAAGAGAAUGGUGAAAAUCCUCCAGAAGAAGAUAUAGAAGCAGCAGAAGAGGAAGAAGAACCAGAUGAAACAUUAAAACAAGCAGUGAGAAGUGGACCUUACUCUACAUGCAGAAAAGCAGGUUUAGAUGCUCUUGCUAAAAAGUUUGGUCUUACUCCUGAACAUUUUGCAGAAAAUCUUCGUGAUAAUUAUCAACGUCACGAAGUGGAUCAGGAACCUACAGAACCCAUUACGGUUGCAAAUGAUUUUUGUAGUUUAAGAUUCAAAACCCCAGAUGAAAUUCUUAAAGCUGCACAAUUAAUGGUUGCAAUGCAGUUGGCACGUGAACCAUUAGUACGCAAAUGUGUCAGAGAAAUGUAUAUGGAAAGAGCAAAGAUAUCAAUAAGACCUACAAAGAAAGGUAUUAAAGAAAUAGAUGAAAACCAUCCUAUAUACUCUAUGAAAUAUCUUAAAGACAAGCCGGUGCGUGAUCUUGUGGGAGAUCAGUUUUUAAAAUUGAUUAUAGCUGAAACAGACAAACUUAUUACUAUUUCGCUUAGUGACACAAUAGAAGGAAAUACAACAAGCAAUUAUGUUGAUGAAAUGAAGCAGCUUUAUUAUAGAGAUGAAUUCAGCAAAAAUGUUCAAGAUUGGAAUGCUUUAAGAGUAGGAAGUGUAGAAAUGGCUCUGAAUCGUAUGGUAAUACCACUUUUGAAAAAAGAAUUAAGAACAAAUCUUGUUAUAGAAGCAAAGGAAUGUGUAAUGAGAGCAUGUUGUCGUAAAAUGUAUAAUUGGAUUAAAGUAGCUCCAUAUACUUGUGAAUUCCCUGAAGAAGAAGAUGAAGAAUGGGACACAAGUAAAGGUCUUCGAGUGAUGGGUUUAGCUUAUGUACCUGAUUAUUCUCAAGCUGCUUUUACGUGCAUAGUUUCUGCUGAUGGUGAAUGUACAGAUUAUGUAAGAUUACCACAUUUGCUGAAGAGAAAAAAUAGUUUUAGGGAAGAUGAAAAAGUCAUGAAAGAAGCUGAUUUAUUAGCACUUAAAAAUUUUAUUGCAACAAAAAAACCUCAUGUGGUUGUCAUAGGUGGUGAAUCAAGAGAAGCAUUAAUGAUAGCAUCUGAUGUAAAGGAAUGUAUUUCGAAUCUAAUGGAGGAUGAACAAUUUCCCGGCAUUCAAGUUGAGAUAUGUGAAAAUGAACUUGCUAAGAUUUAUUCCAAUAGUAAUAAAGGUAUAUCUGAAUUUAGAGAUUACCCAGAAUUACUACGACAAGCUAUAUCUUUAGCAAGAAGAAUGCAGGAUCCUUUAGUAGAAUUUUCUCAAUUAUGUACUGCAGAUGAAGAAAUACUAUGUCUUAAAUAUCAUCCAUUACAAGAUCAGCUUCUUAAGGAAGAGCUUUUAGAAAAUUUGUAUUUAGAAUUUGUGAAUAGAGUAAAUGAAGUUGGUGUUGAUGUUAAUAAAGCUGUGCAACAAGCUUAUUCAGGAAAUUUAGUACAAUUUAUAUGUGGCUUAGGUCCUAGAAAAGGGCAAGCAUUAAUUAAAAUAUUGAAACAAACUAAUCAAAGAUUGGAAAAUAGAACACAACUUGUAACAGCCUGUCAUAUGGGACCUAAAGUGUUUAUCAAUUGUGCUGGCUUUAUAAAAAUUGACACAAAUAGUUUAGGAGACAGUACAGAAGCAUACGUAGAAGUAUUAGAUGGUUCAAGAGUGCAUCCUGAAACAUAUGAAUGGGCAAGAAAAAUGGCAGUAGAUGCUUUGGAAUAUGAUGAUGAGGAUGCAAAUCCAGCUGGUGCUUUAGAAGAAAUUCUAGAAUCACCAGAAAGAUUGAAAGAUUUAGACUUGGAUGCAUUUGCAGAAGAAUUAGAAAGACAAGGCUUUGGCAAUAAAUGCGUUACAUUGUAUGAUAUUAGAGCUGAAUUAAAUUCUAGAUAUAAAGAUUUACGUAUACUAUAUCAAUCUCCAAGUCCAGAAAAAUUAUUUGAUAUAUUAACUAAAGAAACACCUGAAACAUUCUAUAUAGGUAAAUUGGUGUUAGCAACAGUGGUUGGUAUAAGUCAUAGAAAACCACAAGGAGAACAAUUAGAUCAAGCCAAUCCAGUCAGAAAUGAUGAAACUGGUUUAUGGCAGUGUCCAUUCUGUCUUAAGAAUGAUUUUCCUGAGCUUUCAGAAGUGUGGAAUCAUUUUGAUGCAGGAGCUUGUCCAGGAAAGGCUACAGGUGUAAGAUUAAGAUUAGACAAUGGAAUAUCUGGCUAUAUUCAUAUUAAAAAUUUAUCUGAUAAACAUGUUGCUAAUCCUGAAGAAAGAGUAAGCAUAGGCCAAGUAAUUCACUGCCGCAUUAUCAAAAUCGAAGUAGAACGUUUUAGUGUGGAAUGUACGAGCAAAAGCAGCGACCUCGCGGACAAAAAUCAUGAGUGGAGGCCACAAAGGGAUCUUUAUUAUGAUACAGAGACACACGAUCAAGAUGUAAAGAUAGAAGAGGAUGCUAAGAAAGUGAAACAACGUCAGACAUACGUAAAACGUGUUAUUAUACAUCCAUCUUUCCAUAAUAUUAGUUUUGCAGAAUCAGAGAAGUUAAUGCAAAAUAUGAAACAAGGAGAAGGCAUAAUAAGGCCAAGCAGUAAAGGUGCCGAUCACUUGACUGUAACGUGGAAAGUAACAGAUAAUAUUUAUCAACACAUUGAUGUAAGAGAAGAAGGCAAAGAAAACGCAUUUUCCUUGGGACAUAGUUUAUGGAUAGGUAAUGAAGAAUUUGAAGAUCUAGAUGAAAUAAUUGCUAGACACGUCAAUCCAAUGGCUGCAUAUGCUUCGGAAUUAUUAGAUUUUAAAUAUUAUAAAGCAAAUGUGGAAGGUGUAAAAGAUAAAGCCGAAGAUAUAUUGAAAGAACAAAAGAAACAAAAUCCAGGAGGAAUUCCAUAUAUUAUAUCUGCAGCUAAGAAUUAUCCAGGAAAAUUCCUCCUUUCAUAUUUACCCAGAAUUCGAUGCCGUCAUGAAUACGUUAGCGUUUCACCAGAUGGCUUUAAAUUUAGAGGACAAAUGUUUAGUAGAGUUAAUGAUUUAUUCCGUUGGUUCAAAGAACAUUUUCGAGAUCCAAUACCUGGCCAAUCUACACCAGGUACUCCACAUGGUGCUUUGACUUCCAGGACACCGUAUCAUACUACACCUGGUGCAGUUACAGGAAUGAAUCAAGAUGCAAUACAAAGAGUGGCACAAAAUUUACCACAUCAUAUGUUGCAUUCCUUGUCGCAAGUAGCAAAUCAGACACCACAUCAUUAUCCACCACAUACUCCAGGGGCAGCUAGUACCACAGCUUAUGGUGGAAUACAUACGUAUCCAAAUACACCUUAUACUCCUUCUGGACAAACUCCAUUCAUGACUCCAUAUCAAACACCCCAUCAUACUCCACAUCACGCGCAACAAACAUCAAACCAUCAUCAAGGUCAAUUCUUACAUCCAGUAUCGUCUUCGAUACCAUCUGUAACUCAAAGAUCAAUGCGAUCUCACAGACCUACUCCAUCUAUGUCUACACCCUCAUCUGGGGAUGCCAUGGAUUGGAGUAAAGCAGCAGAAGCAUGGGCACGUUUGAAACAAUCCACUCCACGAGGAUCUGACAGCACUCCAAGGUACGAGGAAUCUAGGAGAACACCAAGAAAUUAUGAAGAUUCCACUGGAAGGACAACUCCAAGAAAUAGAACUCCGUCUAAUCGCACGCCAUCCUAUAAAUCACCACGAGGCACACCAUUUACCAAUUCUAGUCCACGAAGUAUGUCUCUUAGUGGAGAUGGUACUCCUUUAUACGACGAAAGUUAACCCAUUAAGGUUAAGAUUAAAUUAAAUCAUGGAUUAACGAAUGAUUAAUAUGUACAAUUGGUAUAGACCUUCAUACAUUUUUCAUGUAUUUUAUAUAAUGGCGAAUGGUGAUGUAUGUGUAUAAAUGUGUGCGUGUGUGUAAAAUAUACUAUAUAAUAAAAAAAAUUUUAAUCGUAAA